AUGGACCAAACGCAAGAUGAUGAAUUGGUACCCUUGAGGAAAAAAUUCAGGCGUAAAGAAAGUGGUAAAGAAGAUAAUUUUGUCCAGUCCUAUUAUAAAAUACCGGAUGCCAACAAUAAGCUAAACGAUGCACAGAUUGACCAGUUGAGAUGGAAUGCAGGAAUCACUGUUGAUGGAGAAAGUUGCCCUGCUCCAAUCUCUGACUUUGCACAGCUCAAUCUUCCCUCCCAGCUCCAAGUUUACCUGCAAAAUAAAGAUUACAAGCAUCCAUCAUCGAUACAAAUGCAAGCCCUACCAUGUGUGAUGUCUGGUCGAGAUAUAAUUGGAAUUGCUGAAACAAGUUAUGAAACUCUAACUGAAAUACUAAAAUACAUGAAUAUUGAUGAUACUAAGGUGCCUUCUUCCUUGCCUGAUCCCUCACACCCAAUGCAAGCUCCUACUUAUCGGGCUACUAUGGUAUGUGGUGGCAUGCCAAUCAGUCAACAAAUACAACAGCUCAAUGCUGGUGUUGAUGUUGUUAUUGCUACUCCUGGUCGGCUAAUCGAUUUGAUUGAUAAAGGAAAGAUUAACCUUACUCGCUCUUAUUUUGAUAUUAUUUGCUUCCAAUUGGGCUAUGAAAUUAGAAUUAUUUAUUUAGUUCUGGAUGAAGCGGAUCGUAUGCUUGGUAUGGGCAUGGAAGAGCAGCUCCGAAAGAUUACCAUUACUGUUGGUGUUACCGGUAUAACAAACCGCAAAAUUCAUCAUAAUGUACAAGUUAUUAACUAUGCCGAGAAGCCAAUAAGACUACUUAAAGUCUUACGUCAUACAACAUGUCCGCCCGUCAUCGUAUUUGCCAACACAAUCGAUACCGUAGAUGAGGUAACUCUUGCAUUGAAGAAAGAGCAAUUCCAUGUGGCUAGUCUGCACUCUGAAAAAACACAAGCCUACAGAUUUCGAGUCAUGACUGCACUAAAAAGUGGUGGCGUCGAUGUACUGGUAGCCACUGAUUUAGCAUCACGUGGUUUAGAUAUCCCAGAAGUUAGCCAUGUCAUAAGCUAUGAUAUGCCCGAAACAAUUGAAGACUAUAUUCAUAGAUGCGGUAGGACUGCUCGUUUCAAUAGGUAUGGGCAAGCAACCGCAUUUGUAACACUUGAUUGUAAAGUUGUCGAAGAUCUGAAAGAUGUUCUAGUCGCAGCGAAACAGGAAAUUCCUGACGAAUUAGUCGAUUCUGCAAGAUUUGGUAAAAAGAUCAUACGAACAGAGUUUGGCGACAGAGUCAUAUAA